UAUGUGGGUACAAGUGAAUAGACUGGCCACUGGGUACCUCGUACCCAAUAUUAUUAAAUAAUAUUGUUGUUUAAACAUUUUUUUCGUUUUUGUUUAUAUUGUUUUGUUAUUGUUAUUACAAUUUGUUGUAUUUUGCUGUUAGUGUUAAUUAUAUUUUUAAAAGUAAAUUAUAAUUUAUAUAUUACCUACUAUAAUAUUAUAUUACUUUUUACAUGACAACGACUGAUUUAGUUUAAGAAAUAAUAUGUUGGUGUUUAAUUAUAAUUAAGAUAAAUCAGCGCAACUUGGUAUUUAGAUAUGAGUAAAAGAAGUUUAUUUCUAAUACUAUUUAUUUUCUACACUUAUGUAACAACAAUUCAAUGUAAUGAAUUACCACCAUGUUACAACCAGCCUGCGGAAUCUUGUCCAUUACAAAAUAAAUGUAAAUGCGUGAAAACUGGUGAUUCAGCAUUAUUUUGCUGCCAAGUUCAGUCAAAUGAAGAUUUGAUAAAAAACUUUGAGUGUUCAGGUGCUAAAUUAUCAACAAUCACAGCCUUACACAUUUACAAUAUGACAGCUGACAAUUUUAAUUUUGGAAAAUUUUCACCGGAAUUAAGCCGUUUGCUCUCAUUUUCAAUAACAAAUAGUUAUAUUAACCGACUACUUGGUCGUUUGGAGUACAUGCAUCAAAUCACUUGCUUAAAUUUAUCGAACAAUGCUUUUGGUACAGAAUGGCAAGAUCCUCUAGCAUUGGAAAAUCUUAAAAUGUUAGCUAUGUUAGAUUUUUCCAAUGUAAAUAUAUCAAGUUUACCUACCAUAAAAAGUCAAGUGCCAAUGUUUUGGCUGGAUGUUUCAAAUAACAUAAAGAUUCAUUGUGCCAGUCUUCUAGAUAUUAUGGAAAGAUCAAGAAAUGCCAAGUAUAAAUUGUACUUUAAAAAAUAUAAUGAAACAUUUUGUAUGUCAUCGCUGUCAUUUCAUUGGUUUAAUUCUACUGAAAAGGUUGCAUUAAAUCAAGUGGAAAUUAUUAACAAGCUAUAUGAAGACUGUCCGUGGAAUUGUAGUUGUAAAUGGCAUGGCAUAGAAAUGAUACAAGAAACAAAGACACGGCAUACUGUAGAAGUAGAUUGUUCAAAUAAACAAUUAUCAAGUUUACCAGAAAACCUGCCAGAAAACACUGUGCUAUUAAAUGUCACUAAUAAUAAUAUUACUAAUAUAGAUGUAUUGGUAACAGAUCAAACAUACAAAACAUUGAGAUUUUUUUAUGCUGAUGAAAAUAAAAUAUCCAACCUUUUGUCAUUGGAAGGUUCAACUUUUAUAGAAAACUAUGCUGUUUUGAGUUUGAAACUAAAUCAAUUGAAGACAUUGCCUAUGUAUAUACUUCAAAAUUCCUUUACUAGAUUUGAGGGACAUAUUGUGAACUUGGGUGGAAAUGAACUUCAAUGUGACUGCAGUACUGCAAAAUCAUUAAAGAUAUGGUUAUUAACAAAUCAUAUGCAUAUUCCAGACUACAAUGAAAUUGUAUGCAGUAAUAUGCAGUACAAAGUAAAAGUAAUAGACUUGGAUCAACAAUUAGUGUGCAUUAAAAAAGCUGAUUGGACACACUAUAUGUAUUAUGUGAUUAUUGCUGAAUUGUCGGUACUUUUUCUGUUGAUUGGAAAAGUUUCAUAUGAUUAUUGGGUAUUCAAAACGGCUGGAUAUUUGCCAUGGCCUGCAUCCAAAAUGCCAAAGCUCCCUUGUGACUGGAUAUUUGAGUAAUGAAGUAUUGCUUCAUGGGCUUAAAAAAAAUAUUGUAAUACACGUUAGUAAUCUAUAAGAAGACUGUUUUAUUAUGAGCUAUUAAUAACAUAUACAAACGCUACAUAUGCUAACAAUAAGUUACCUUAGUGCCUUAAACAUUGUGCCUUGAUAUAUUAUUUAUUAUAUAAGAUUAUUUUAUUUAUAUAAUUUAAUUACUGUUUGAGAUGUUUUUCGAACAAAAAUUAUUUUUAUUAUUAUUCAUUUUUAGUAUGGUUGAUCAAAUUAAAAUGUUCAAAGAGACUUAUCAAAAUUGUAAAUGUUUUAAAUUACUUAAACAAGUUCAGAUCUUAUUUUAUAUUUAUGUACGCAGUGGGGUUCACACCAAAGAUAUUAAUAAAUUAGCAGAUUGAUAAAAUUCUCUGUAAUUGUAACUUAAAAAUCUCUUUAGUGGGCUACCGUGUGUUAUAUUAUAUUUUAUGUUAAAUGUUUACAUGUAAUUUGAUAUAUUUUUAUUUACAGGCUGUGAUUGCAUUAUUAAUUAAUAGAUUCUUUUUGUUUGUUUUAUAUAUUUUAUUGUAACCAUAUUUUUAUUAAUAAAAGUCAACUUGUAACGAAAUAGAUACCUUUACAAUAUUAAAUUACUUUUUAUGUAUAAUAUUUCAAUGCGUGAAAUAAAAACUAAAAAUAUGUUAUGCUUUAAAUAUUAUUAGAUAGUACUUUUGUCAUUAUUUAUCAUUAUUUUAGGUACGUUUUCGAUUUUAUCUAUUACCUAACUUGUGUGUGUGUGCGUGGACGCGUGGUGCAUCAGAUUACUCUGUAAUAAAAUAUAAUGUAAUAAGUAAUAACGUAAAAUACGGAAAUGUGUAAUAGGUAAUGUAAAUUCAUUUUAAUAAAUUAAUUAAAACGUU